CCUGCAGACAUGAGCCGCGAUCCUCACGACCUCUCGACGCGGGGCGGGAAUGUCAACGAGGUCCCGAACGGCUCGGUGCCUGACCUCGUCGCCUCGUUGAGGUUGGCGGUGAGGCCCGCCGAGGACUUCGAGAAGGUCUUAGCGUCGGUGGAGGGGAAAUGGAAGCUAGACAUUGAGAAAAACAAAGCCCUGAGGAAGGAGAGGGAGGUUUUGAAGGCGAGCCUUGAGGCCGAAGAGCAGAAAUCCGGGGCUCUGAGGGAGGAGAAUAAGCGGUUGCGUGGGGAGAUUGCGAGGCUCGAGAACAAGACGCGAGAGGCCGAGGCGACACAGAGAGGCCAUGUGGAAAUGUUGGAGGAGGAGACGGAGCGGUUGCGUGCGGAGAUUGCAUGGCUCGAAGACGAGAUGCGGAAGGGCGAGGCGAGAGGGAGAGAGGAGGCAGAAAUGUUGGAGGACAAGAACCGGCGCUUGUGCGGGAAGAUUGCGAGCCUCGAGGAAGAGAUGCGAAAGGGCGAGACGAGAGGGGGAGAGGUGGUGGAAAUGUUGGAGGAGGAGAAUGUCAGAGUGAGGAGGAGCGAGGAAUUGGUGCGCGAGAUCAGAAGAGUGUUGGAAUUGGACAGAGCUGUGGGAGUGCUGAGAAAUGAGGAGGAAAUGAAGAAUGUGGAAGGGGAAAAGGGUGUGCCCUGUGAGGCCAACUGCUUCGACAUGAAGAGGGAGGAUGGUGGUGAUGACAUUGGUGCGCCCAAGGGAACUGAUUCCCGGUGCGGCUGCGGCAGUUCCUCCUCCUCGAGGAAGGCGAGGAAGAUGUUGGAAUUUGGAGAAGGUACUUGUGCUUCAGCAACAACAACACCAGUGGGUUCAGAUGACAAAUCUCUUGGGAAAGAGACUCUAGUUUCGCAAGGUGAUGGGAGAGUCCCAUUGAAAGAAGUUGAGGCAUGUAAUGUCGAUGAUGACGUAGCUGAGUCAAGACAUUUGAGCAGAAGUUAUUUGUCGCAUCAGAAGCCUGCAGUUGGCAUGCAUCUUGAUGAGAGUAAUCAAGAGAGCGAGAAGAGAGAGCUUAAAAGGAAAAGAGACUCUAUUGCGCAUGAAAAAGAUGUCGGCUCAGGUACUACUAAGCUAGGUGAUGGCAGUUGUUUGCAUGGAGGAGCGUGGAAGAAUGCCAAAGAGUUAUAUUCAGAUUUGGGGAGAGAUUACGAGCUGUGCAUGAAGGCUAUUUGUGCGCUUUACAAACGAAAAAAAUUAGCCUGGAAGGCAAUGGGGCGGAGCUCUAAAGGCUUUAGUGGCCUGCGUCUGCUAAGGGGAAAUCAUUUGGCCGAGUUCUUGACAGAUGGAGAUCCACAAUGUAGGCUGAAAAAGUCUGUCGAGGACUUGCAAGAUCAUUGUCCCGGGGUCCUGCAGGACUGCCAGGACAUAGCCACCGAACACUGCCACCAGUUGUUUGAAAUGUAUCAGCAGAAAGAGGAUCCCUUUCUUUGA